UAUGUUUUCAAUGAGUGACAUAUGAUUCGUUUUGUGUACGCGACAUUAAAUAUACAAAUUCUUAAGUUCUAAUUAAAUUAUUUUCUGGGGUCUCAUUCUAAAACCAAGGUAUUAGGAAGACAUUCUAUGCACGUCGACGGUGUAUGCUAGUUGGUUGUCUAUUGCAUUAGUUACAUCAAUACACUGCCAUGGAUACUCUAUCCCAAGCGACAACCUACAGGCCUCAAACAAUAACCGAUACCCUGCCUGAUGAAAUAAUUCACAAAAUUUGCCUGUACUUGGAUUGUGAAUCGAUAAAAACAUUUUCGAUUACAUGUACAAGGUUUGCCAAUAUAGUUGCGACUUCAUCAGUCGUAAUGAAGAAGUUUAAACUGAAACUUACCAAAGAACUGUGGAAGUCACAAAAUGAAUUACUGGCCUUACGACGACGGCACAGUACAAUCGAAAUGGUGGAUGUUCCUGCAAAUUGGCACAGUACUUUGAGCAAAGUAUUCGAGAGAUUUGGACCAUUCUUGCGUACGUUGUCCAUAUACAAUUCAACACUGGACGAUUUUACCUUGCUCACCAUACUGAAGUCCUCGCCGAUUUUGGAAGAGCUGUUCAUGUCUGAAGUGGAAAUCGAACAGAAACUUCCAGCAAUAAAUCCGAUUAGCAUUGUGCACUUGACGUCCGUGUCGAUUCAUCACACAAAUUGGCUGAUUUUCAAGUUUCUGUCACGGUCCCAAAUAACUUCCCUGUUAAUCAACAACUACCUAAAUGAAGGUGAAGGUACAAGAGGCCACUUAGUGUCCAUGCUGUCGUACCAAUAUCGCUUAACAGAACUCAUUUUGCACGGAACAUCGUCGAAAACACUUUUCAGAGACAGCGAUUUAAACGGCAUGUGGAACAAUCGUUUAAGUAAGUUUCAUAUUGCGUGCGGCUUCGGGAAGAAUUCGGACGUUGUCGACAGCAAUAUAGCCGAAUUUUUAAUUUUAAAUAACGGAUCGCUGGGGAAUGUUGAAAUUUCAAUACCGAAUUGUGAGCAGAUCACCGUUUUCGUCAUAUUGAAUUUGCAAAACGUUACUUCCUUAACGUUAGAUGUUGGCCGAUUGCCGAAAGAUAAUAAAUUUUACCAGCUACUGGUCGAUACGGAACCCAAUUGUCAACUGAAACAUUUGAAGCUAAGUGGAUUUUUCAGUCUGCAGGCUGCAUUCGUCAAAGUCAUUUUAAGUCACUAUCCUGCAAUAGUAAAUUUGGAGCUCGAUGAUUGGAGCAACACACUAUCAGACGCAAACACAUUGCAAUUUGUGGCCGAAAAGUUUCCUCAUCUGCAACAAUUAUUCAUACCGGCAAUCACUAAAAGUUCUGACGAGAUUAAAUUCGGAGCAUUGAAACAGCUUCAUGUCAGCUACGUUCGUGAUAUAGAAAACCUCAUCAGAUUUGUCCAGCACAACGGUUCUUUAGACACCUUAAAAAUUGGCUUGGUUUAUAUCGAACAAAUUCCGUCGAUCUGCAAACUAAUGAAUACAAAAGUACAACAUUUAUCAUUCGCAGGAAGCGCUAAAAGUUUGAAAAUGAUUUUUGAUCUUAUUCGAUUGAAUACAUCGCGAUCACUUCAAACUCUGGAACUAUCUCUAAUGUCUCAUGAAAACUAUUCGAGAUUAUCAAGUAUUUUGCGUAAAGAAAUUAAAAUUAAUUUUUCGAAUAAUUCACCAGAUCUUCAUGUUAAGUUGGAUGCUUUUUUUAACGAUGAUAGAUCAUGCUGGCUUUCAGGUUUUUGAGUCUGGAUUUUCUUUAAUUUAUUAUAUUUUUGUAUUAAAAUGAAUGAUAAUGCGAAAAAUGAA